GGAAUCACCCGGUGCUUUAUGACCAGUCCCUAUUUACCUACCGGGAUACAAACCGGAGGAGCCAGGCAUGGAGGGAGGUGGCAGAGACAGUGAAUCGUGUUUCAAGCUAUGGUUUCAAGUCAGCGUUUUAUUUUGAAACCCGGAUGCAGCGUGUUGUUGCUGAGUGUGACAGCAGCUCAGUUCAGAUCAGCUGAUGGGAACUGACUCACCUCUUCCCGGACAACAUGUCGACACAUCCAGCCAGAAAGAAGAAGAAAGAGGACUUCAUUCUUUAAUGAACUCGCGGAGGAACAGAGCGAGCGGCUGGACCCGGAUUCAGACUCCUCUGUGACUCCAUGCCCUCCUCCUCCUCCUCCUCUUCCUCCUCCUCCUCGCCGCGGUGAAGAGUAACCAGAUUAAAGAUGUCCGCUGUGGUGGGGGGGGUCUCCUCCUCCGCCCUCAGGGCUCCUGGGGGGGCUCUGGUUCUCCUGCUCUCCGUCACGCUGCUGUCUGGAUUCAGCCCACUGUGCAUCGCUCGGGGAGGGGGCUGCUGCAGCAUGGACCCACGUUUCCGGCGCAGGCUGCUCAGCCUGAUCAGCUGUUUUGCAGGAGGAGUGUUUUUGGCCACCUGUCUGCUGGAGCAGCUGCCGGACUACCUGCAGAGCAUCGAGGAGGCCUUCAGCAGCGCGGGGGUCACCCUUCAGUUCCCUCUGCCUGAGUUCAUCAUGGCGAUGGGUUUCUUCCUGGUUCUGGUUCUGGAGCAGGUCAUCCUGGCCUUUAAGGACCAGCCUCAGAUGAAGGAGUGUCGCGCUCUGCUGCCGAACUCCAGCGUCAACUCCCACCGCCACGGCGCGUCAGAGGAGUCCGGCGGCAGCCUCUUCCACGUGGACCUGAGCGCGCAGUCGGCCCUGCGCUCCUUCGUCCUGGUCUUCUCGCUGUCGCUGCACUCCGUGUUGGAGGGGCUGGCCGUGGGCCUGCAGGAGAUCUACGUGGCAAGGCAAGUUCUGACUCUGGGGCUGAUGGUCCACAAGAGCAUCAUCUCCUUCAGCCUGGCCUGCACGCUGUCACGGGGCCGGCUGCGGCUCCCCCUGGUGGCCGGCUGCCUGCUGCUGUUUGCCGCCAUGUUGCCGCUGGGCCUCGGCCUGGGCUCGGCGCUCUCGGAGACGAAGGCGCCCCGGCAGCACCGGCUGGCUCGCUGCACGCUGCAGGGUCUGGCGGCGGGAAGUUUCCUCUACAUCACCUUCAUGGAGAUCCUGCCGCACGAGCUGGGCUCCGGAGGGAACCGCAUCCCCAGGGUGGCCUCGCUGCUGGCCGGCUUCGCCUUGGUCACCGCCGUGCUCUUCAUCAAACUGUAAUCAUCCCAGGGAGUUCAGCAGGAUAAUCUCCAUAUUAACACCACUUUAUUUCUGAAGUAAGAAGCUAACACGUCACCACCGCUAAGCUA